CAAGCCCAAAAAGUUGCAACAGGCGCAGUGACAACAGACUGCCCAUAGAAGAAAGCCCGAAGUCUUGCUCAUCCUCAGAUAAUCACCCAAGAGACCAUGUUGCCUCUCUAACGCGAAGGCAGCUCUACAACAUGGCGUCGCAACAACGUAACAACAGCUUCGGGUCCGCAGGCGAGGUCGACACUGAGGUGGUGUCUGAACUACGAGACCGCCUGACUGAGAUCUCUAUAAAAUGCUCAGAGCGCUGCUUGUACCAGUCAGCGAAAUGGGCAGCCGAACUCCUCAACUCUCUCCCUCAUGAUCAUGACCAUGACGACGAUUCUCAAAUGCACGAUACGAAUAAUGUCCAAUCCUCAUAUCGCAUCUUUUCCACGAGUCACGAAGACCCAGAAGAAGCGACAUUGGAAGCAAGAGAAGCACCAAAAUAUCUCCUUGCGAAAUCAUUCUUUGACACAAAGGAGUUCGACAGAUGCGCUGCCGUCUUUCUCCCACCAGCCAUACCGGCCGGCGGUCUAGCCAUCUUUGACAAGCCCAAAGGGCGUACACCUACAUCAACACCUUCUCGACACAAGGGUAAGACGAAACAGGCAGAGUCCACUGCAGUCGACCCUUUCCCCCGCCUCAGCCAGAAAUCCCUAUUCCUCGCCCUCUAUGCCCGCUAUCUGGCCGGGGAAAAGCGCAAGGACGAAGAAACCGAAAUGGUACUCGGCCCUGCAGACGGAGGCCAGACCGUGAACCGCGAGCUCCCAUCCCUCGCCCGCGGACUAGAAGCUUACUUCCGCACCCGCGACGCCGCAGACCCAACGCUCAAACGCUCUCAGGGCUGGCUCGAGUACCUCUACGGCACUGUCCUGUCCAAGUCACGUCAGGAAAGCCUCGCACAACAAUGGCUCCUGCGUUCAGUCCGCCUCAAUCCCUACCACUGGGGCGCCUGGGAAGAGCUUAUCUCCCUACUCUCAAGCGUCGACGACCUCUCUGCCCAACUUUCCUCCCCAUCCGCUCUCCCUCCGAACAUAAUAAGCAUAAUGUAUCAAGCCGUCGCAUCCGUCGACCUCUUCUCGACAACGGACCAGUCUGCCACACUCUCCUCCCUGCGCACCCUGCUGUCCUACUUCCCGACCUCAACCUUCCUCCUCACCCAGCUCGCCACCCUGCACUACCACGCGAAAGAGUACGAGACCGCGGCCUCCAUCUUCCAGGACCUGCUGGUCACCCACCCACACCGGCUUGACGGUCUCGACCACUACUCCAACAUCCUGUACGUCAUGACGGACCGGCCGCGGCUCGCAUUCCUCGCCCAUCUGGCCACGUCCGUGGACAAAUUCCGGCCCGAAACAUGUUGCGUCGUAGGCAACUACUACAGCCUGUGCAGUCAGCACGAGAAAGCCGUCAUGUACUUCCGGCGCGCGCUGACGCUCGACCGCAACUUCCUCGCAGCCUGGACGCUCAUGGGCCACGAGUACGUCGAGCUCAAGAACACGCACGCGGCGAUUGAGUCGUACCGGCGCGCCGUGGACGUGAACCGCAAGGACUACCGCGCAUGGUACGGCCUUGGUCAGGCGUACGAGAUGCUGGACAUGGGAUUCUACGCUUUGUUCUAUUACCAGCGUGCAGCCGGGCUGAGGCCGUAUGAUCCGAAGAUGUGGCAGGCUGUGGGGUCGUGCUACGCCAAGAUGGACCGGCUGGAACAGGCGAUCAAAGCGCUCAAGAGGGCUCUUGUGGCGGGCACGUAUAUCGACGACUCCGAGGGGAGUUCGCAGCAGAGUAGUUUUGCGGCGCACGCGAAAGGAGGCAAAGGCGCAGUAAAGGCACAGCCGAGGAAGCUACUUGAUCCGGAGACACUUUACCAGAUUGCCCUGCUGUAUGAGCGGAGGGGCGAGGCAAUCGGUGACGCUGAGGCGGCAAAGUACAUGGAACUAUGUGUGGCACAGGAGACGGGCGGAAGUGGGAAGGCUGUCGUGCAGGCGGAGAAGGCCCUGCGAAAGCGAGCAAGAAAGGAUGCAAGAGCCAGUGCGGUCGCGGAGGAGCGCCGCCGUGCGAGAGUGGCUUCAAUGAGGACGGAUGCUGAGCUGGGAGAAAUGCAAGAUGAGCAUGUCGGUGCGGGCGAAGGAGAUGACGAUACAGAUAUCAUGACGUCCGAGGAGGAGCAGGGGGAUGACCACGAAGAAAAUGAGACUCAAGCUGGAGACGGGGAUGGUGAUGAUGAUGGUGAUGGUGAUGGUGACGGCUUUGGAACCGGGACGACGGCGACGACGUCAAAAGCGCGAUUGUGGCUCGCUCGCUGGAGCGUAAAGACCGGUGACCUGGAUCGAGCAGAGAGAUUGGCCGAAGAGCUGUGUAUGGAUGGGUAUGAGGUCGAAGAGGCGAAAGCGCUGGUGAGGGAGCUCAGAGGACGCAGGGAGGCCGUCAUGAGCCGAUAGAGUUAGUGCUAGCUGAUCACCAGUACAGCCUGUACUAGUAAGCGUGGUGAAAGUGAUAGGCAUCGUAUGUUGUCUUUGCCACAGCAAAUGACC